AUGAAGGUCGUGCCCGGGGCCAUGCCGGCCGCGCGCAUGCGCUUUUCCGCGUGUGCGCGGUACAGCACAGGGGCGCGGCGGUACAUUGCGCCACAAGAGCUGGAGCGCGUCGCCAAGCGCCUCGGUCAUGCGCUCGACGAGAGGUUGCACGAUGCACUCACCAUGUACCUGCGCACUUCGCGCGACGCACGUAUGCGGCGUACGGCGAGCACAGCGCUCGCAUCGCUGGCGCAGCGCGAGGAACUCGAUGCGCCGCUCGUCUCGCUUGCGCUGGCGGCCAAGCUUGCGGUGAGCGACGGCCGUGUCCUCGAUAUUCUCAACGAGCUGCAAGAGGCGCACCCGGCGUGGAAGCCGACGGCCGCCGACUAUACCCAUUUGCUACAUACGCUAUGCCGCCAGCGCGAUGCAGAUGCGCUUCUUGUGUGGGACACGAUGCGUGCAGAAGGCAUCCAUAUCCCGAUGAAUGCCGUGAAUGCGACGAUUGCCACGGCGCUUGUGCAUGCGCCGAUGGAGCGUGUACGCACACUUCUCGACGAGGCCGGGGGCAUUUAUGCGCUCGACAAGGUUGGGUGCACGUCGCUCCUCCAGGGCCUGUGCCACCGCUACGCAGACGCGGAGGACAGGAGCGAAGUCUACCCAGACACACUCGACGGCCCGACGCUCGACGAACUGCAUGCGGUCGCCUUGCGCCUCCAUGCACUCCUCCAAGAUACCAAUGAUGGCGUCGGCUGGCACGCGUACCUGACAUACGUCGGCCUAUGCGACGGCCCAUCGGCUGCGACCGACGCAGCGGCGGAGCUAGUCCGUGCGCGAACGCUCGUUCCCGACGCAUGGACGCUGUCGACGCUUGCGCUGUGUCACGCCCACCAUGCGCCGCCCCAGUCGUGCGACGAGGCGCUGGAAUGCCUCGAUAUGCUCGAGCGUGCAAUCCAUAUCCGCCCUGGGCGCUACGUUGUCGCCAUGAUGAUCCAGUGUAUUCUCGGCCAUGCGGUGCGCAUCGGCACACGGCGCGUGCGUGCCACGCCGGAUCCCGGCCAGACGGUCGAGGCCCAGGCACUGUACCAAGAAGCGCGCACCCUGUACAAUCUCCGCCCCGACGCGGCGCUGGUGCAUCCGCUGAUCGAGGCACACUGCAACGCAUUUGUGCCGGCGAUUGACGCGGCGUACGCACUGCUGCGCGACCUGCUUCCUCCCCCACGCUCGCUGCUGGACCGCUGGAAAAAGCCGCCUGCGCCGCUGACGGAUCUCGGCACGUUUUAUCCGAUCGUCAUGGCGUGUGCCCGUCUGCACGAUAUCCCCCGCGCCCUUGCGCUGCUGAAGCAGAUGGACAACAUUGCGAUUCCACCCCAUGUGGCCACGACGCUUGUGCUGCGCCUAUGGGAGGUAUGCAUGACCUUUGACGAGGCUUGGCAGGUCUACCAGGCCGUGCAUGCGAUCGGUCAGCUUGACGAGGGCUCGUACGCGCAGCUCGUCGCGGCGUGCUGCCGUCUGCACCUGUACGAGGACCCUGAGAAGGAGCCAUGCAGUGUUCCGCCUGUGUAUCCGUUGCAGAUCCUCGGCGACAUGCGUGCGGCCAAGCUGCAUCCCCCGCCCAAGACGUAUACGGUACUGCUCGACUACUAUGCCAAGUCGCCUCGGGCGACGCUCGCUGGCGUCCAUGCGACGCACGAGCUGAUCAAGCGCGACGUCCACCUCGAGCCGGACCUGGUCUUGAUCAACACGCUGAUGAAUGCGUACAGCCACGUCGACGCGCCCGCACACGUCCUCGGCAUAUGGGACCGCCUCGUGGUGCUGUGCACAAAUGCAGACAAGCUCGCGUUUAUGGACGAAGUGAGCCUCGUCGUGGUGCUCGACGCGUGCGGCCACGCUGGCCUGCUGAGUGCCGCACGCCGUGCGCUCGACACGGCGCGGCAGCUUGAGCGGGGGCGCGGCGUGCUCGUCGGCAAAGACGCGCAGGACGCGUGGAUCGAGUGUCUGGCGCGGUGCGGGCGCAUGGCCGAGGCGAUCGACGUCGUGUUUGGCAUGCCCCCCGAGCUGCCCGACCAAAAGACGCUCGAGACGCUGCUGCGUUUUGGCGCUUCGGCGCGGCAGCGUGGCGCGCUCUCGAACGAGAUGUGGACGGCGCUGCGCGAGCGCAUAGCGCGCACGUUCCCUGCGCACUAUCCCCACGUAGCGCAUAUCGCGUAA